AUGGAACAGGCAAAGAAAGGAAAGAAGGCUCUGGUCUCCCCACUAAAGAGACUGGUGUCACUGAAAUCUGCCCGGCGCUCUGCGGCAAAGAACAGCACCUACCGACGUCCUCUCCAUUCCGCGCCUGUCAUGCCCCCUGACUACCUGCUGGACCCUCAGAUCCUGCUGCAUGACUAUGUGGAGAAAGAAGUGAAGUUCUUAGGUCACCUGACUUGGGUAGUCGCCUCCUUGAAUCCAUCUAGCCGAGAUGAAAUCUUGCAGCUCCUGGACACAGCUCGGCAGUUGAAGGAGCUGCCCUUGCACUGCACCCCGGAGCAGGACAGCAUCCUCAGCAUGUCCGCCCGCAGCCUCCUACUGACCUGGAGGGACAACGAGGAGCUGAUCCUGCGGAUUCCCACUCAUGAGAUCGCCGCUGCUUCCUACGUCAGGGACGACGCGCUCCACCUUCUCGUCCUCAAAACAGGUCUCGGAUUGGACCCGGUGCCGGCAGCAAGUAGUCUCGAGCGAAAGCCACCCGCCGGCAAGGCCGACAGAGCAGGCGCCAAGCCUGUGGGGGGCGCCAUGGAGAGGCGCCACACUAUCUGCAGCUUGGACUGGAAAAUGGCUCAUAGGACAUCAGAUGGGCGACCCAAAGGAGGAGGCAGCUUGGAGAGGCGAGGAGGAAAACAGGAGAAUGGAAGCUGGGAGAAGAGACAGGGAGGGCAGGCCUGCCCCAACUGGGAGAGGAGAAUGACCUUCAGCGGCAGCUGGGAGAAGAGGCAGCCGUGUGGGGGAAGCUGGGAGAAAAGACAACAGCCCUGCGUAGGCAGCUGGGAGAGGCGGCAACCUUGUGGAGGUAGCUGGGAAAAGCGUCAGCCUAGUGGAGGAAGCUGGGAGAGGCGGCAGACCUGUGGUGGCAGCUGGGAAAGGCGUCAGACCUGUGGUGGCAGCUGGGAGAAGCGGCACACAGGGCACAACCCUUUAGAUCCAAAGGAACCUUGUGCAGAUGCCUACUGCAACCUUAUCAUCCUGGCAGUAGAGAACAGGGACGCUGCCGAAGAAUCCUGCGCUCUCAUCUGCCAAGUAUUCCAAAUCAUCUACGGAGACCAGAGCAUUGAAUGCGUAGACCGCGCUGGGUACCAUUAUACAUCACCACCAGAAAGACCAUGGUUGUCCCGAUGUGACAGCUCACACACAGAUGGGACGUUCUCCUAUGAUGCAGACUACAGCUGCUGCAGCUCUUUUAAUGGUUCUCACGACACGUUUGAAGUACAUUACAGCGGCGAGUCGUCUCCUUCAUUCGCCACGUCUGAGCAGAGUUUGGCAUCGGGCGCCAGUGAUGGCGAUCAGACCGGCGUGCCCCUGGAGCAGCUGCAGGACUAUAUGAUCACUUUAAGGAACAAGCUGACCCCUGUGGAGAUCUAUCGCUUUGCAUGUCUCCUGCGUGAAUAUCGCCUCGGGAUGGACGUGAAAGACUAUUGCCAGGAGCUUCUGCAUCUGUACGGAGAAAACCGAAAAUUUCUUCUGCUUGGCCUCAGACCUUUCAUCCCCGACAUGGACAUCGGCUACUUCGAAGGUUUCCUGGGGAGCAUUGGGAUAAGAGAUGGCGGGAUCCUGACGGACAGUUUCGGCAGGAUCAAGCGCAGCAUGAGCAACACAUCGGCCUCGGCGGUGCGCAACUACGACAGCUGCUCGCCAAGCUCGCCCUCCCAGUCCUUCAACCGCAUGAUCACAGACAUCACUCACAAUAUCGAAGCUCUGGCAAGGGAUGAUGAUGAUGAUGACGACGACGACGAUGUCAAUGACGAUUUCUUGUGA